AUGCCUGUAGCACGACUCGCACGUCCCCUCUCCCCCGUGCAACGAGCAGCAGUCAGGGGCAUCAGUGGGAGCACUGGCAAACCCUACACGGGCCUUCAGAUAACCUCGGCCUUCUCUACUGUCCCCGCACUUUUCCCCUGGCCCUCCCCAGCCCCCCCAUACGACUCGCAUAUACCACUCUCGCCCUUGCAGCGUGCAGCAGUGGCUCCCCCCUAUACAACUCGCACGUCACCCUCUCCUCCUUCCAGCGCGCAGCAGUGGCUGUGGGGGCGUCAGUGGGAGCUCUCGCCAACCCUCCCCCCUAUACGACUCCCACGUCCCCCUCUCGCCUCUCCAACGCGCAGCAGUCGCCAUGGGGGCAUCGGCGGGCGCUCUGGCCAACCCUUCCCUUCUCUCCCUUCCCCCGUCUCCCCCUCCCCAGCUCCCCUUUACGACUCCCACGUCCCUCUCUCGCCCAUCCAGCGCGCAGCAAUCGUCAUAGGGUCACUAGUGGGAGCGCUGGCCAACCCUGCCCGGGCCUUCAUACAACCCCUUGCUCCCUCUACUGUCCCCACUCCUUCCCCCUCUCUCCCUGCAGUCCCCCUGUACGACUCGCACAUCCCCCUCUCCCCCCUGCAAAGAGCAGCAGUCGCCAUAGGGUCACUAGUGGGAGCGCAGGCCAACCCUGCCCGGGCCUUCAUACAACCCCUUGCUCCCUCUACUGUCCCCACUCCUUCCCCCUCCCUCCCUGCAGUCCCCCUGUACGACUCGCACAUCCCCCUCUCCCCCCUGCAAAGAGCAGCAGUCGCCAUAGGGUCACUAGUGGGAGCGCAGGCCAACCCUGCCCGGGCCUUCAUACAACCCCUUCCUCCCUCUCCUGUCCCUGCCCACACCGUUCCCCGGCUUCCCUCCAGCCCCCCCAUACGACUCGCAUAUACCUCUUUCGCCGCUCCAACGAGCAGCAGUGGCUCCCCCCUAUACGACUCGCACAUACCCUUGUCCCCUCUCCAAAGAGCAGCAGUCGCCAUAGGGGCGUCAGUGGGAGCGCUGGCCAACCCUGCCCGGGCGGAUCUGGUGGCGGCUGUGGGGGAGACGACUGGGGGGGUGGCGCUGGGACGAAUUAGGGAGCAAAUGAGAACGACAGAGGAGGGCAGGGCCAUACUGGAGGAGAAACCCCGGGUGACAGACACCACACUGCAGGCAGCAGAGCAGUGCGGCAGAGGCACCUUCGGAGCAGCAUACGCUCACUUCAUGCGCUCUCGUCGUUUUGAGCCCCACGAACGUCCCCCUGUGCGCUUCAUUGACGACCCUGAGCUGGCCUACGUGGCCACACGGCUAAGGGAGGUGCACGACUUUUGGCAUACCAUAUUCGCCCUCCCCACCACCGUCUCUGGAGAACUAGCCCUCAAGCUCAUCGAGUUUACCCAAACUGGCCUCCCCAUGUGCCUCCUCGCCUCCCUAGGCGCACCUAUCCGCCUCUCCCCCGCCCGCCGCUCCCUCCUCCUCUCCUCCAUCUACCCCUGGGCGCUGGGCGCUGGUAUCAGAGCGGUGCCACUAGCGGGGAUCUACUAUGAGAGACGGUUUGGGGAGGACCUGAGUGAUUUGAGGCUGGAGUGGAAAAUCGCCCCUGCUCCACCGCGAGCGGUGCCACUACCGGGGAUCUACUAUGAGAGACGGUUUGGGGAGGACCUGAGUGAUUUGAGGCUGGAGUGGAAAAUCGCCCCUGCUCCACCGCGAGCAGUGCCUCUGGCGGGGAUCUAUUACGAGAGGCGGUUUGGGGAGGACCUGAGUGAUUUGAGGCUGGAAUGGAAAAUUGCCCCUGCUCCACCGCGGUUCUUCGAAAGGAAGGUGCUGCUGCGAGCUAGUCUCCCUCCUCUCCUCCAUCUACCUCUGGCCCCUGCUGUUGUUAAUGGUGGUGAUUGUUCUGAUAGGGAUAUGCAUACGGUGUAG